CAAUUGCUCAUCUCCAUAAGUUUCUCUGAGUCUCUGUCUGUCUGUAUAAAGAAAGUUGUAGAUAGAGAAGCGAGAAUGAAGACCAGUUGCCAAAUGAACACUACCAUAUUGAUAUUGGUCAUUGCAUUGCAGAUGGUCUACAAGAAAGAAAUUUCUGUCAAACCCCCCCAUUUUCUUGCCAUUUCCUUUUUGGGUUUUCAGGGAGCAACUUUUCAAUGCUUUUGCUGGGGGUUUACGCCUUUGCUUUUUGUUUUUGGUAAUUAUUUUUUCAGGGGUUUGACGGCUGACUGUGAUAUUGUGUGUAUAAAACUUUCGAUUUCAUACCUUGAACACUGUCUUCUUUCUUCACGGGUUCAAGCUUUCUUGGUGGUGGGUUGUCUGUGUCAAAGUUGAGAGCUGGGUUUAUUCCCUUUUGUCUUCAGCUUGUGGGAUUGAAGAAUUUUGAGCUUUUGGCUUCAUGGGUUCUUGCUUCAGUGCUACAUUCAAAGCUGAUAGCCCUCUUCACAAUGGUUCGAGCCCAAAAUACGAUGGCAAAAGUGGGAAUGAUACAAGUCGUUCAAGCAGCAUGGUCUUGUCAGUCUCAGUGCUUCACACACCUCAUACACAGGGAGAGAUGUUGCAAUCCUCCAAUUUGAAGAGCUUUUCUUUUAGUGAACUGAAAACAGCAACCCGCAACUUUCGUCCAUUUAAUUUGUUGGGUGGAGGUGGUUUUCCUUGCGACUUCAAGGGGUGGAUUGAUGAGCAUUCAUUUGCAGCUGCCAGGCCUGGGACUGGCAUGGUUAUUGCUGUUAAGAGGCUCAACCUAGAGGAUUUCCAAGGUCGUCCAGAAUGGUUGGCAGAAAUCAACUACCUUGGGCAGCUACAUCAUCCUAAUCUCGUUAAAUUGCUAGGAUAUUGCUUAAAGGAUGACCAUAGAUUCCUGGUGUAUGAAUUCAUGCCCAAGGGCAGCCUGGAGUAUCAUUUAUUUAGAGGGAAUUCUUAUUACGAACCACUGUCAUGGAGUGUUCGCAUGAAGGUUGCCCUGGAUGCUGCAAAGGGUCUAGCUUUUCUUCAUAGCGACCAGGCAAAAGUGAUAUAUCGAGACUUAAAAGCUUUUAACAUCCUGCUUGAUUCGAACUACAAUGCUAAACUCUGCAACUUAGGGUUAGCCAAGGAUGGACUGACUGCAAAUGAAAACUCUGUCUUUACACGAGUCAUGGACGCCUGUUCUUAUGCAGCACCGGAGUAUCUGGCCUCAGGCCAUCCGACUGCCCAGAGUGACGUAUACAGUUUUGGGGUGAUUCUCCUUAAAUUGAUGUCUGGCAGACGAGCAUUCGACAAGAACAGGCCAUCUCAGGAACAGAAUUUAAUUGCCUGGGCCAUGCCUUAUCUUUCCAGCAAAAGCAAAAUAUUCCGAGUUAUGGAUGCUCGCUUGCACGGGCAGUAUUCACUGGCUACUGCACUAAAGGUGGCAAACCUUGCAGUUCAAUGCCUAUCAACAAAUCCAAAGCUUAGGCCUGAGAUGGAAGAGGUAGUCAGAGACCUAGAGCAACUUCAGGACUCCAAUGGUGGCGUGAAUCUCAGCUGCAUUUCAAGCAACGAUCCCAAACACCGCGAGAAAUCUAGCGAUGAAGUACGCAAUUAGAAAGCUACUUCAUAUCCAAGGCCAUCUGCUUCACCCCUAGGUAAAUAAAGAGGAACAGCUUCUUGACCCAUGCUUUGCAGUUUAUGCUGCUAUGAGGCAAAUUACAGAUUGGAAAUUUAGUGUCAUUGAGGAAAGCUUGCAUCAAUGGCUUAUUACUGUAACAGUGCUUGCAUACUUAAUAAAACUUGUUUUCUUACUUCUUCCACAACAUUUCAUUGGUAUCCAUUA